AACAAGAGGAGCAGGUACUUCUCUAAGCGGGACGCCAGACCAGAGGGGCAUAGACCCUUUCUACCACGUCCACCAUGUCAGACCAGAGUGCUUUCCAUUCAGAAGACAGCUUCGGCUCUACAAAUGACAAACAGAACAGGCAGACACAGGGUGAAGACAUUCUUUUCUCAUCUCCAGAGGAGGACAGCAGUCUGUAUUUUACUUACAGCGGAGGUCGCAAUGAAAUGGAAGUCCGCAAUCUCAACUAUGAGGUGGACACAGCCGCACAGAUACCCUGGUAUGAGAGGCUGUCAGAGUUUAAGAUGCCCUGGGAGACACACAGCAACAAGCAAACAGUCAUAAAGGACCUAAACCUACGCGUGCACAGUGGCCAGAUGCUUGCUGUCAUUGGCAGCUCAGGCUGUGGGAAGACCUCCUUACUGGACAUCAUAACAUGUCGAGAUGAGGGUGGCACCAUUAAUUCAGGAGAGAUUCUGGUCAACGGGAAACCUUCCACACGUUCCCUGGUGAAGAAAUGCAUCGCUCACGUGCGGCAGGACGACCGUCUGUUACCGCAUCUCACAGUACGAGAGACGCUGGCUUUUGUGGCCAAACUGCGGCUGCCUGCGCACUUCACCCAGGAACAGAGAGAUCAGCGGGUGGACGAUGUAAUCGCGGAGCUGCGUCUGAGGCAGUGCGCUCACACGCGCGUGGGGAACGACUUUGUGAGGGGGGUGUCCGGUGGAGAGAGGAGGAGGGUGAGCAUCGCUGUACAGCUGCUCUGGAAUCCAGGUAUUCUCAUCCUAGAUGAGCCUACUUCAGGUCUGGACAGCUUCACAGCCCAUAAUUUGGUCAUUACAUUGUACCGUCUGGCUCGAGGGAACCGGCUGGUGUUGCUGUCAGUCCAUCAGCCUCGUUCAGAUAUCUUUCAGCUCUUUGACCUGGUGGUGCUCUUGUCUUCUGGCUCAGCCGUUUACUGCGGUCAGGCCAAGGACAUGGUGCCUUACUUUACUUUUCUUGGGUACCCGUGUCCACGAUACUGCAACCCCUCUGACUACUACGUGGACUUGAUAAGCAUUGAUCGGCGCAGUCCUGAAAAAGAAGCAGAAUGUUUGGAGAAAGCCAGGAUGUUAGCGGCCCAGUUUGUAGAGAAGGUGAAGAACACAGAGGAUUUCAUGUGGAAAUCAGAAGAUUGCGGUUCUCUGGCACUGGAUGCCCCUCAAAGCAGUGUUCCUCCCGUCUCCAUGAAGGAAUCAGUGAUCACAGUUUCCAAACAGAAGGAUCGCCUGCCGGGAAAACUGCGACAGUUUACAAUCCUAAUCAAACGGCAGGUAUUUAAUGACUUCCGGGAUCUGGUGACGUUGGUGGUUCAUGGUUUGGAAGCCUUGUUGAUGUCUCUGCUCAUCGGUUUCCUUUAUUUCGGUGCUGGGGAUCAGGGUCUUUCUGUCCAAGAUACGGUGGCUUUGCUCUACAUGAUAGGAGCUCUGACACCCUUUGCUGUGGUGCUGGACGUCAUUGCAAAGUGUCAUUCAGAGAGAGCCAUGCUUUAUCAUGAACUGGAAGAUGGCAUGUACUCAGUCACCUCAUACUUUUUUGCCAAGGUCCUUGGUGAGCUACCAGAGCACUGUGCCUUUACGCUGGUAUACGGUGUGCCCAUCUACUGGUUGGCUGGGCUCAACAGCGCUCCCGACCGCUUCCUGCUCAGCUUCCUGUUGGUGUGGCUGAUGGUGUAUUGUAGUCGCUGCAUGGCCCUGUUUGUGGCGGCAGCCCUGCCAACAUUGCAGACUUCGUCUUUCAUGGGCAACGCACUCUUCACGGUCUUCUACUUGACGGCUGGCUUUGUCAUUAGUCUGGAAAACAUGUGGCUGGUGGCGUCUUGGUUUUCUUACAUAUCCUUCAUGCGCUGGGGUUUUGAGGGAACGCUGCAGGUUCAAUUUCAUGGGACUAGAAUCCCAAUCACUAUUGGAAACCUCACUGUAGAAUUCGAUGGUAUUAAGGUUGUGGAGAUGAUGAACAUGAACCAGUAUCCACUGUAUUCCUGCUACCUGGUGCUUAUUGCUGUUGCUUUUGUUUUCAUCCUGCUCUAUUAUCUGUCACUCAAAUUCAUUAAACAGAAGUCCAGUCAGGAUUGGUGAGGACAAAUCAGCAUAAAGUCUGGUCCACACUGCAGCUUGUUCUUGCCAAUCAACAUAUAAAAUGCCCAUCCACAACACAGACCAUUCUCAAGUCCAAAUAUGGCUCUCUCCACAACAAAUAUAUUAUGUCAAAUAUGUUGAGUAUAUAUGUAAUAUUUUACUACCACUAACUGCCGCUGGAUGGCAGUAAUGUACUAUGUUUCCACACUCUUUUAAGAGUGCGGCUGUCUCUGCAGCAUGUAACAAUUGUACAUUUCAUUUAUGUAUUUUCUCUUCUUUUCUUUUGUAAAUCAGAAUCGUGUUUGAUUCCACAUGCCUAUUGUCAUAUUUUUAAUGCAGCAUGAUGUUAAACACAUUUGAGACUUUGAGAGAGAGCGUACAUUAGAUGUACAUUUUGCUUCUGUAAAUCGGUCUAAUCCCUUAGCUUUUUUUCUUCUUUUUUUCCCCUAGUUUAUAUACUUACAUUAGUAAUUCAUUUUGCACUUCAUGCUUAAUACUUUUUAUAUUAUUAUUAUUAUUCUUUCUUUCUGUUAAUACAUACAUGCACUGUCUAUUUGUAAGCAGCCCAGCUGCAAUUGCUUUGGCAAUACAAAUGUAUAGUUUUUGUCAUGCCAAUAAAGCACACUUGAAUUGAAAAUUUAAUUGAGAGAGAGAGAGAGAGAAACUAUAACCAGAAAAUAAAUAAAAAAGAACUACUGAUCUGACAUUACUUCUAUUGAGCAAUUAAAUGAAUAACACAGGGUCAAUGUCACAGAGGGGCGGAGCCAGACAUUAUAAACAUUCGGGGCUUAGUCCAAAUGUAGUUCCCGUCCACUCAUUUUUAGAGUAAGGGUUUGUUCCAGUUUUUCAAUAUAAUGUCCAUAAAUGUCAAAAAGAGCUAACAUU